AUGAGACUUGUCCUCUUAAUCCUCUUUUUUGGUGAGCAAAAAAACCAAGGAUUUGCCCCAAGUGGGAAGUAAGUGUGUGUGUGUGUGUGUGUGUGUGUGUGUGUGUGAGAGAGAGAGAGAGAGAGAGAGAGAGAGAGAGAGAGAGAGAGAAUGAAUUUCAGCAUGACAAUAGUUGUCCGAUCUCAAGCUUUGGCCUUCUUCCUCUUCAGGGCCUUCAUCUCAAAGCUAGCCAACUAACAUUCCUGCUCAUUUUGACUUGAGGCCUUCUUUCCAGCAGGAGAUUGGGGAAGAUGCAUCACCAUGCAUUGCAGAUGCACUUUUUUUUUUAAAGGGGGAGGAGAGGAAGCAGCAGUGGCAAAGCAUGUACAACUUUUCAUAUUGGGCCAGCUCUGCCCAUGGUGCUGCUGAGCAUAUGGUGCUGGCAUGAACAGCUGAUCCCGGCCAGUGCUGCUGAAUGGAGAGGAAGAGACAGACUGAGCCACAAUCACAGGAGCAGUAUAGUUGGAAAAAGGUCUGGGACUCUCUUGUUUGUAGCCAAAACAGAAGAGAGAUCUGGGAUUGGAGUUCCUGCUGCUGAAGUUAUUUAUUUAGAAAAGCACUUCUUCUCUUCACUUCGUUCUCCAAUCUAAACCUCUCUACUGGUUGCUAGAUGUCCCACUCAGGAAGCUGUGCAUUUGCAAGCCUGAGUGGUCCUACUCCAACUGCCUUUAUCUAAAAAAUGAAAUGUUGUGCAAUCCAUUGGACCUCUUCCACCUUCUCUAUUGUAGCAUCCAGUGAGUAUGAGGGAAAUGGAUUGGAGGGGAGAGGAUGGUUGAAGUGUGAGAUUAUGCAACAGGGGGAUGCGUAUGCAUGUGGUAUAUGCAUGUAAGAAAGAGCUAGAUCUCUCAUUUCUUUGCAUGAGCACUGAGUUCACUGUUGUGGGCUCAAAAUCUGAAACCUGUAGUUAGGGGACUGAGGAAAGCUUUGGCCUACAGGCCAUUUUCUCCAAGCUCCACCCACCUACACUACACCUGAUGUCAUACAGUAUGUGAGACAGGUACAGAUAUGACUACAGUAGAACAAUCAGAAGCCUACAGUGAGCUCCUGCUUGUUCCCUUGUGAGCAGGGCUCCCUUAAAGUGCUAAGCAGUUGACUAGGCAGAGAGACCUACAAGAAUUAACUGCACCCUUUUGAAGUAGUUUGCAUUGAAAGCACUUCCGAAAACAGAGCUUUUUUUUCCUCUGCAAGAAAGAAAACCCUCCAUUUCAGCAAGCAGCUCAUUGCAAACCAUUGUGUAUAGAGCUCUUAAAUAAAGCACUGCCUAUAUGUGUUUACUACUGGGCAUGGAAGGAUAUGGUGAUAAUCCUGCUGCUGUGGAAUCAGUUCAGUUAUUUAUUUCUUCUUUCCAGGCUACCCUAUAACUAAAGAGGAAAUCGUUUCAGAAGGUAAGGACCUGACAAGGCUGGAUGGAGUGGGGAAAUGACUCCAGUAGCCUCAAACCUUUUAGAUAUCACACGCCUUCAGCGUCUUUGACUUUCAUUCUUUGGGGCUUUUCCAAUCUCCAAGGUCCUGAUCGAGCAUUGCAUGCAGAUGCCUGUCAUUCAGUCCUGUUGGCCACUCAUGAAGUUUGGGGAUUUCGAUUGGAGAGGGCAUGUUCUUCAAAGGCACUCUACAUACGGCAUGUUCUGUGAUUUCUAGAAUCACAUAAUUGAUAGCAUAAUCACUGUCAUUUUAAACUAAAAAAUGGAUGAGAACACACACCAUUCUAAGCUGGUUUUUAAAAUAUCUAAGAAGGCACUCUUGGCCACUACAGCCACAUUCAGGGGCAGUGUCAGAUCCAAAAGCCUAUCCGAGCUUCAAACUUGAGUCCUCAGGGUGAGUGCAACCGCACCUAAAACUAUUUAUACAUCUACCCCAGAAUCCCUAAGCACGUUCAUCUUGUUUUGAUAUCAUAAUUUUCAUUCAGUUCAUGCCACCACCACCCCAGAUAGCCUCUAAGAAUUUCCUCUACUUCUCUAGGAGUAGAUGGCAGAGUGAGAGGAUGAGGUGGGUGUCCUCCACACCCUGGCAGCACUUGAGCCUAAAUAUCUGGACAAUCUCACCCACACAGAAAGUAAUAAGCACAGGAAGCAAGAAAGAACCUUGCCAAUACACUCUCAGAACCACCUUCUGGGACUUGUUCUCCAGGAAGGACCAGAACCACUGCAAUACAUAUUGUAUGUUUUUAUGACGUUUUAUCACAUUUAUAUUGCUGUACACUGCCUUGAUACUUUACAUGAGAUACAAUUUAUAAGUGCUUGUGUGUGUGUGUUAUACGUGAGGCAAGAGAACCAAUAAGGACACGAUUCCCAGGUAAGAUCCCCCCCCCUAUUGUGUAAGCAGGUGAUCCCUCCCCCUACCUGGCCUGAUCACCUUGGCAACACCUCCCCAGGUGGGAUUGGGCAGCUGGCUGAGGUAGACAGAGACCUCCAGGUAUCCCACCUGGGGAAGGCGAAGCCAAGCCUGUGCUAAUGGUGCCGCAUAGGGUCCAGGGGGCUGCGCGCAACCACAUUUAAUGUGGGGAGCCGUCAUUCUCACUUCCAACGCUUGGCAUAGGUUGGAACUGUUGGAUUGUGUUCGCUUUCUUCACACAGCAAUUUGCUUGGCUCCUAGGGAUGAAAAAUUUCCAGAGAUAGGUUCUCUCUUGCAGAAUCUCUCCCCACCAUCCAGCAUACUGUUUUCUUUUUGUCGUCAUUCCAGAGAGAAUUUUCCAUCCUCCCCACAUCCACAUGAGCCCUAGCUGGAUAGUCUCUCUGGGAGGAAAUGUCACCAUCUCUUGCUGGGUUCAUUUAGACUGCUGGCUGGAUUUCUUUCUGCAUAAAGAUGGUGUGAAAAUAAACACCACCAGAGGUGGAUAUAAAAGAAAGGCACUGUUUCACAUCAGUGAUGUCACAAGAAAAGAUGGAGGGACAUACAGCUGUCACUACAGAAUGCCACUGAAAACAUACCAGUCAGAACACAGCAACUCCGUGGAGUUGUUUAUAUUAGGUAAGAGGUUCAGCAAUUGGCUAAGGGUGGAGGGGAUUGUAACUUUGUGAGGGGUAAACUACACUUCCCAGAAUCCUCUGAGGGAAGCCAUGACUGUUAAUGUUGUAUAUAUGUGAUUUAGAUGUGUGGAGUGGAUGUGACCAAAGUCCUGCUCAGCCUUAUAGAAGAUAAUCCUGCUUCAUUAGUUCUAAACCUGAUUCUACAGAAUAGUGUUCCUGCUUUUCUGGGGCAACCCAGUCAGCUGGGCGGCAUAUAAAUAAUAAAAUUAUUGUUAUUUUCUCCUACCAAGAAACCUGUGUAUUUUGCCGAAGGGCAUAGAAAGACCUAAGUAACAUCUGUAUUUUGGGCCUUCAGAGUGGCAAUUUAUUGCAGGUGUAUUUGUGACACAAUAGUAAUGUUAGUGAUGGUUUUAUUUUCUUUUAUUCUGUGGUGCAUCUCAAAUGCUACCACAUUAUUGCUGUCCAGACUAGCUAUAGUGCCAUGAAAGCAGGACAAAAGACAAAAAACAAACCCAGAACAUUUGUAGUGUUCUCUGUGUUAACUGUGCUCAGAAUGCUACCAGGGUCAUAGAUGAGCUUGCUUUCAAUACUGUUUGUGCCUGCAGAAGUUUCGAGAUAGUCACACUGUUCUGCCCUCACAAGGGUCAGUUAAGUUGCAGAAAGUCAUUCUGGAGACUGGUGGUGUAACACUCCUCGAGGAUAUCUAUCACCAAAGGACAUCUUACAAAGAUCGCCUCACCACCAUUACUGCGCAACCAAGAUUAAUAACUGAACCUUGUGGGGUCAGAACACACACUGCUUCAUUUUCAAGUCAGUGCAUAUCCUGCAAGUACCUGCUGAAACCCCUGGUUUAUUUUUGUCCCACUUUGGUUGUGCUAUAGCCCCUCUGGACAGCAGUCAUUCAGUGGAAUUGGGGAAUUAAAGCUGCAAAGAAACAUCAGCUUGGAGAGCCCCCCAAAGCAGAAUUCCAGCAAGUUACAGAACGUGCACUGAUUGGAAAUGAAGCAGUAUGGCCACCCCAAAACUGUUGCAGCUGCAAACAGUAUUGAAAAUGGGCUCACGUAUUACCAGCCCAUUAGCAUCAUGAGCACAAAUGAUCAUGGCUAUUCAGUAUAUUAAAAAAGGAUGUCUGGAGGGGCCUGAGGAGUGAAUGAACAUGAAAAUGGCCUAAGAUUAGAUCCAGGAGAAACUGACUCCUGGAUUAUUGGGCUCGGGGAGUAGAGAACCCGAGAAAGGUCUCUGUGUGAGAUUAUCAAAGAUUAAAAGGUCAAAAAUCAUAUGUCCUUCUUCCCAGAGGCCUUUGGUGGUACAAACUGAAACCUGCAUAGCAUAUGAAUGUCUGCCACCUCCUCCCAUAUUCUGUGUGACCUAGAGCAGAUUCCAUCUACCAGCCAACAUUUCCUCUCUGCCCCAUCUCCCUGCUAUUGCUUUGGUUACCACCAAGCAGACAGAUAAAGAGUGCUGAGGAACCCAAAAUCUUCCACACCCCUUUGUGACUUUUUGAUUGGUCUAAUAAAGAUACUUGCCCAAUAUGGUUUCUGGAUGUGUUUUUCCCCACCUUGUGGACCAACAUAUAGGCCUUUCUAUUUUGGCAGCCCAUGUUUGUUUGCUUCCUGGACUUCAAAACCGUGGCUAUUUUAAACUAGCAGAUUCUUGGGUCAGCUUGGGUGGAUACCUGUGAAGCUCAGGGACAUUUAAAUGGUGUUGCCCUCUUUUUCACUCCAGUGACAGAAAGUGCAGAAUUGGGAGGUGUGCUGCCAAAUACAGCAGUUCUUUCCAAGGAUAUCAGGACAAAAGGAAUGAGGAGGUGGAAGGGGAACCAAAACAGUUUUAUUAACAAAUAAACAGCAGGCAUACAAAGCAUAAAAUAAAACAUACCCGACAGGGGCUACACAAUUUCCCCUUCAGCUGCCUGGAGCCCCAGGUGGAGCAGCAGGAGAAAGACCCUGACCGUCGGUCUCCCAGCAUCAGGUCCUUUGAUCUGGUUAGAAGCUCUCUGGGCCCCUCCCACCUAUGGCUUUUAUAGUCUGCCUUGAUGUAAUCAAGUGCAGCUGGCAUUACUCAUGAUGAAUACAGAGCGGCUGAGAGUCUCCCACUACUUGCAGCGGGCAUCCAGCCAGCACUUGCAACACAGAAGAACCCAAGAAACUCUCGUCAGGUGUGUGAAACACAAGAAUCCAGCAGACCUCAAACUGGGGAUGUUUGAGGGAAAGGGACAUGUCACCUAACUCCUCGAAAUACAAUUGUCUUCUGCAUUUCCACUACAGGAGGGGAAUGACCACAGCCCUGUCUCUUCCUUUCCACAGAUCCUAGCCUACCCAAACCCACAAUAAGCCCCAUUCGGAUGAGCGCCAUUGAAAAAAAUGCAACUAUCCAAUGCCAGUCCCAAAGUCCAAUUGCAGGUUUCUAUCUCCAAAAGGAUGAAGACCAAAUGGAUCAUAAGCACAUGGAGACCAAUGGGACUAGAGGCAGCUACACAAUCAGUAACAUUAGCCGGGCAGAUGGGGGAGGUUACAGGUGCCAUUAUAGCUCUGAAUCAGAACCCUUUGUUAUCUCAGAGCCUAGUGAUCCUGUGGAGUUGCUGCUAGAAGGUAAGGAAUCUCUCUCUCUCUCCACCUCUCACCAUAUGGAUCCAUUUCAAAAAAAUAAAUAAAAAAAAUUAAUGUCUGCAGAAUGUCUAGUAGCCAAGCACUAGGAGGCUAUCCAUUCAGGGCAGCUGGGAGGAUAAACCAACAGUAGCAUUUCUCGAGGACCUAGUUCUUUCAUCAGAAAAAGCAAGAAAGAAGUUUCUCAAAAUAUUUCCAUUACAAUGAAGUUAAAACUACUUUGGCAAAGUUCUAGGCUAUACCCCGACACUCAUUUGGGUCUUGGUAGUUUGGGAGUCCUGAGAGUGGCAUAUGCUGGUCAAACGGAUGGGAAAGGAGUGAUAGCAAUCAAUGUGAUUUAUUUGGUUGGAGCUGUGGAUUUGUGCAACGACAGGUGAUUUGGGCCAAAGUGCAUCAUUGGGAAUGUUGCUGAAACACAUUUUAUUCCCCAAUAUUUCCAAUGCAAAACCAGCAUUUCAGGGUCUAGUGAUGCCUCUAACUCACCCAAUUAAGAUACAUUGAAGCAGAUGACAGACCCAUUGCACUGCUAAAUAACGAUUACAAGAUAUUCACAGACAUUCUUGCAAAUAGAUUAAAAAUGGUGCUGAACGAGAUAAUUCAUAAAGAUCAAACCGGAUUUCUUCCCGGACGAUUUAUGCAAUCCAAUAUUAGAUGUGUGAUUGAUGUAUUAGAAUAUUUGGAUAUUAAAAUUGAUAAACCAGCAGCUAUUAUGUUGGUGGACGCUGAAAAAGCUUUUGAUAACGUGUCCUGGAAGUUUAUGAAAAAAUUAAUGGAAGAAAUCGGACUGGGAGAAAAUAUUUGUAAAGGAAUAAAUGCCAUCUAUUCGGAACAAUAUGCAAAAUUGAUCAUCAACGGAAGAAUUACUGAGGAGUGCAAAAUAAACAAGGGAACAAGACAGGGCUGCCCACUGUCACCACUGAUAUUUAUCUUGGUGAUGGAAGUCUUGAACAAUCAGAUAAGAAAGGAUGAGCUUGUUAAAGGCAUCACUCUGGGAAACAAAACAUAUAAAAUUAAAGCUUUUGCGGACGAUUUACUUGUUAUGACUGAAAACCCUAAAGAAAGUCUGAAAAGAGUGCUGGAAUUGAUUAAAGAAUUUGGAGAUGUGGCAGGCUUUAAACUGAAUAUAACAAAAACAAAAAUGCUUGUUAAAAAUGUAACCACAGAAGAAAAGGACGACUUAGAAAAAAUAUUGGGCCUGAAAAUCUCUUCAAAAGCGAAAUACUUGGGUAUUUGGAUCACCCCCAAGAACAUAAACUUAUUUCAGGAUAAUUACACCAAAACUUGGUUAGAGAUUAGAAAAAACUUGGUAAUCUGGAGUAAACUAAAAUUAACAUUUCUGGGUAGGAUUUUCAUUAUAAAGAUGAAUGUGCUUCCAAAAUUAAUCCUUUUAUUUCAAAUGAUUCCGAUACUGGGUGAAGCAGGUUGUCUCAAGAUAUGGCAAAGAGAAAUUUCCAAAUUCUUGUCGGAAGGGAAGAAACCUAGGAUUAAACACCUGAUCUUAAUAGACAUAAAAGAGAGAGGAGGCUUUUCCCUACCCGAUCUAAAACUUUACUACGAGGUUGCCUGUUUCACCUGGCUAAAAGAUUGGUGCACGUUGCAGGAUCCGGACCUCCUGGACCUGGAAGGUUUUGACAACCGUUGGGGAUGGCACGCCUACCUAAUAUAUGGAAAAGUGAAAAUUCAUAAAAAUUUUACCAACCAUAUAAUAGGAAAGUCACUCUUUGCUGUAUGGGAAAAAUAUAAAGACCUGAUGGAGCCUAAAGUCCCGUGGUGGACUUCUCCAGUAGAAGCCAUAGCAGUAAAACGGAAAAAUACUCAGGAAAGCUGGCCAACAUAUAAAAUACUUCUAAAAAAUGAGGAUAACCAAAUAAAAUUAAAAAAACUUUGAGGAGAUAAGAGAACACAUUUCAGACUGGUUCCAAUACCAUCAGUUAUUUGAAAAAUUUAAAUCUGACAAACAAAAGGGGUUCUCAGCAGAAAUUUUCCGAUUCGAAUCUGAUCUUGUAAACUCUAAAAGAAAAACUCUUUCCAAAACUUACCGACUCCUCCUUGACUGGACAGUCAAGGAGGAGGAGGUAACAGUGGCAAUGGUGAGGUGGUCCCAGGAUUUUGGCCAUCCAAUAACCAUGGCCCAAUGGGAAAAUUUAUGGAAGAUCAAUUGGAAAUUCACAAACUGUUACACAAUUAGAGAGAACUUUCAAAAAUGCAACAUCGAUGGUAUCUAACACCAUGGAAACUUUCAAAAAUGUAUAAAAAUGUGUCAAGUAAUUGUUGGAGAUGCGGAGACUCAGGAACAUUCUACCAUAUGUGGUGGAUAUGUAGGAAAAUACAGGUAUUCUGGGAGAGUAUACAUGCAGAACUGCAAAAAAUGCUAAAGAUCUCUUUCAAUAAAAACAUAGAGGCCUACCUCCUCGGAAUAACAGAUUUGGAUAUUCCACAAAAGAGGAAGGGUAUCUUUUUAUAUGCGACGGCGGCAGCAAGAGUUUUGAUCGCAGCAAAAUGGAAGAGUAAUGAAAUCCCCUCUAUACAAGAUUGGAUCCAAAAGCUGACAGAAUAUGCCGAAUUAGAUGGUUUAUCAGAAAAAAUAAAGAAUAAAUCAAAACAGGAAUUUGUUUCUAAAUGGGAGGUUUUCAAAGAAUAUCUGAAAAAUAAAUAUAGUAGUUUAAAUUCUGUUGCAGCAUUCGAGGAACUUCAGUGAUAGUUGCUAGGUAGAUAGAAGAAAUUAGAUUUAUUGAGAAUAAGUUUAAUUAUGAAAAAAAUGUGUAUUGGCAAUACGUAAUAUGAAUUUGAAAUAUGGAAUAGACGGGAAGUUGGGUCUUUAGUGUUAAGACCAAUAGAUGUUUUAUUGUUUGCCAAGAAAAUUAUGUGUCUAUGGUUAGUUUUGUAAUUCGUGUGUAAUUUGGUAUUUGUGUUUUUUGUGUGUGUUUUUUUCUUGUUGUAUAAAUAAAUAAAUAAAUUUUUAAAAAAAGAAGCAGAUGACAAGGGGUAGUUGAAACCAAGUGCUUCAAAAAAGGCAAAUUUCUACCCAUUACAGCAGGGAUGUGAAAUCUUUUGUUUUAAAUGUUCUUUCUUUCUUUCUUUCUUUCUUUCUUUCUUUCUUUCUUUCUUUCUUCCCUUGAUAGUUUGGGCUAAAAUUAAUAUAAGUUAAUGAUUCCUAUAUGUUUUCUGAGCGAAGUUAUAACUGUACAACAGAGGGAAGUGCAAUGUCCCAAAUGUACCUCUCUGGCCUGCGACUGAGGACAGGAACCAUCUUAAGAUGGUUGUGAUCUCAUUUCUGCUUUCCUUCUUUCUGUAUACAGAUCCCAGUUUACCCAUACCUGUCAUCUCCAUCUACCCCAGUUCGUUUGUUUCCCUGGGCCACUCAGCCACUAUCCAGUGUAAAACUGAAGAAGAAUCUGCAAAGUUUUCUCUCCAUAAAGCUGGAGACCCAAAACCAAGGUUUCUCACAAGCCCAAAGUCAAAUGAGGGAGAGCUUUCCCUGAACAUCAGCUGGGAGGACAAAGGGAGCUACAGGUGCAGCUAUAUACCUCAAUCAAAUCUUUUCUUGCACUCACGCCACAGUUCCCCCUUGCAACUUCCAGCAACAGGUGUGUAAUAUCUAACUUGCCCUUUUCCGGCUCCCUGUAGCUUCUCAUUGUCCUUGAUUUGUCCGUUAAUUAAUUAAUUAAUUAAUUGAAGUCAGGUAUAAGCAGCUGGAGGAGGAGGAGAGGAUAGAGAGAGAAUAAAGAGCUGUGAAUGGAUGGGGGCACUCUCUUCCCAUCCUUUGGAUCCCCCUGAGAAACUCAACAAACCUGCUGUACCUGGAACUGGGUGAAGAAAGUCCAGCUGAAUGGGACACAGCUGUGGGCAGCCUGAGGAAGUACCUGCCCAUAAAAAGCAAGUCUAGAGUGAGGAACAGGGGUGAUGCCCUCUGUUUCCAGCAACUCUUCUCAUUGUGAGACUUUUGUGGGUGAGCUGAGAGUUUCUUGGACCCUGGAUGAGAGCCCAGAGGUGCUGAGGGAGGUUGUUUUAGAAGGAAAAUGAAUUGAUACUGAUUUAUAUAUAUUAGUAACUUAGUAUUAAUGUAACACUUUUAUAUGUACAGUAACUAUUUUUGUAAUACUGUAUUUUGUUUUGUUUGUCCUGGCUUCAGUUUUCCAUGCACCGUUUACAGAUAUUUUAAAUGUAUUAAGUGGUACAGUGGUACCUUGGGUUACAUAAGCUUCAGGUUACAGACUCCACUAACCCAGAAAUAUUACCUCGGGUUAAGAACUUUGCUUCAGGAUGAGAACAGAAAUCAUGGUCUGGCAGUGCAGCGGCAGCAGGAGGCCACAUUAGCUAAAGUGGUGCUUCAGGUUAAGAACAGUUUCAGGUUAAGUACGGACCUCCGGAACAAAUUAAGUACUUAACCUGAGGUACCAAUGUAUAGAAAUUAAAUGAUCAAUCAAUCAAUCAAUCAAUCAAGAUGGGUAGUGAGAUCCUGUACAAGGGUUAUUCUAUAAACCACAUUUCUGUGCCGCCAAAUCCAAAUUGUGCCUAGUCCAGGAUGGUGAAGGAAAAACCCCACACCCAGGCACACUUGCACAGGCCAAGCCAUCCUCCCCUGAACACCCACAUCAUUACCUCCCACCUCAUGCAUUCUGCCUGAUAGGCUGAGCUUAUAAAUUAGCAUUCCAGCAUACAUCAUUGUCCCCUUCCCCUCCUCAUUCCUCUGCCUCCCCACCGAAAAUGACACACAUUCUGCUUGUGUACCCUGCGUGUUCAUAUCCAGGAAACCUGAAUGAGGGAAACCCAAGCCCAUCUAUCUCCUUGCUCAACUCGCUCAGAGUCCAAUCAAGGGUGGGCCAAAGGGAUCCCAAUUUAGUUCUCCCUGGCCACAAAAGAAACAGCCAGUACGGCAAUGCCAAAGUGUGCUGGUCCGGGGUGUGUGUGUUACCGUACGGCAUGGCCCGUGUCCGGUCCGAGGCUGAAGCGGGGUCCAAGGCAGGGAGUCGGGCAUGGUCAGGAACUCUGGCAGAAAGCAGGACAGGGUGCCGGCAGGAACAGGUAACCAACGAUGUUGCUCCCGCAACCUGGGACUGGGCGGGCUGGCCUUUAUCUCCUCUGAGGCAUAGGGCGGCCCCAUUCCACAGGUGACUCGCCUCUCCUGGCCUUAAGGCGAGCACUCCUCCUGCGAGAACUUAGUUCCCUCCGCCUCUCUGCUCUGAGCCUCUGCAGCUCAGGAGAGGCUGGAGGGUUACUGGACCCAGAGGCAACCUCACCUUCCCCUGACAGGGCUGGGAGAGGAGCACCUGCAGGCAAUGGGUCCUCGAUCACCUCCGGAGCCAGAGCGGAUUCAGCUGGUGUCUGUUCCUGAGGAUCCAGCACAGGUGAGGGCUCUUCAGGUUCAAGCCCCUGCCCCAGCUCAGCCGGCCCUGGAGGCGGGGACUCCAGUGCAGGCUGGGAUUCCUCAGGUUCAGCCUCUGAAUCAGAUUCCCAGGCCAUCACACAAAGACAGGUUUGGGGAAUAUCUCUGUCUCCAAAAGUUGUUGGACUCCAACUCACAUCAGCAUGGUCAAAGGUCCGGGAUGAUGGGAAGUGCAGUCCAGGAGCACCUGAAGGGCCACAGGUCCCCAAGCUUCCACUUUAAAGCAGAGGUGUAGCAUGAGGAGCUAUCGGGGUGAUUGUUCCAGGUGCAAAUAUUUUAGGGGCGCACCUCUGUAGCUGCCACUCCAACUAAAGGCUCUCCCCAUCCUGCUCACCCACUUCACCUGACCAGCACACCAAGCAGGAGCUGGGAGACGAUGGGCCCUUGGUCAUCCCUCGGCUGCACAGUGUCCCUGGCAGGGGAGGUCAGUGGAUGGCAAGACUUGCGAAGGUGGUGGUGAUGGCACCCCAGCCUGAGGAGGGGUGUGGGCAUAUCUGGCUGCUGUUCCAUAGCUUUGUGCAGCAGCAGCAGCAGCGCCGCAUGGAUGCGCUGGUUAGGGAGCGCAAUACUUUCCUUUCCCUGGGUGCUGGCAACCCACGCUAUGCCACUGCUUUAAAGGCUGCCUGAAGCCCAUGUUAUCUAUCGAUUCACUGCAUGCCAGUGCAGAGAGGAACAGUCACCCAUGGUGUCCUUGGCGAGUACAUUUGUAAAUGGCUGCUUAAAAGGUAAAGGUAAAGGUACCGCUGACUGUUAGGUCCAGUUGUGGACGACUCUGAGGCUGCAGAACUCAUCUCACUCUAUAGACCGAGGGAGCCGGCGUUUGUCUGCAGACAGCUUCCAGGUCAUGUGGCCAGCAUGACUAAGCCACUUCUGGCGAACCAGAGCAGCACAUGGAAACACCAUUUACCUUCCCGCCAGAGCGGUACCUAUUUAUCUACUUGCACUUUAGUGUGCUUUCAGACUGCUAGGUUGGUAGGAGCUGGGACCGAGCAACGGGAGCUCCCCUUCUGAUUGGCAAGCCCUAGGCUCUGCGGUUUAGACCACAGUGCAACCCGUGUCCCAGAUGGCUGCUUAGUUAAGGCUAAAUGCACCACUGACUGCCAAAACUUCUCUCACAGCUUUAAGAGACACUGCUCAGAUGUAACACUCAGUCUUUAGUGUGCCCAGAGAAGACUCUGUUGGCAAUUGCUGCGGGGGAGAGACACACCAAUUAUCAUGUAACAAUGUGAAUAAUAUCCCAGCCAUUUCUCCUCCUUUGUCAUCCAAGCAGAUUUACGGGUAGAAGAAUUGACUUUUUUUCUUGAAAGAUGAGUGCACACCUUUGUGGAUCCUUGGUCAGAUGGGUGGGGUAUAAUCUCUUCACUUAAUGUUGCAUUUUAAUCUUGUUUUUAAGUUGUAUUCAUUCAACUCGUUUUUAUUAUUGGUUGUUAGCCGCCCUGAGCCCGGCCUUGGCUGGGGAGGGCAGGGUAUAAAUAAAAUUUAUUAUUAUUAUUAUUAUUAUUAUUAUUAUUAUUAUUACCUAGAUCACAGCUUACCCAAACCAAGCAUCAGCCUGAGCCACGAUGAAGAGGUCACCCUAGGAAGUAAUGUGACGAUUGAUUGCAGAAGCAAUGCCACUGCUGUCAGGUUCUAUUUCCAAAAGUAUGGAGUUGCGAAGCCUGUUCAGCUCAUCCAAAACAAUGGAACUGUUGCCAAGUUCUCCAUCAGCAAUGCAAGCUGGGAGCACUCGGGAUAUUACAGCUGCACAUACAGCACCCUGCCAGAUUGCUUUGCCAUCUCAGAACCCAGCGAUGAGGUGGAGUUACAGCUAACAGGUAAAAAAAAUCUGAUUUUGCAUGCAUCUGCUUCCCAACCCAAAGUCCCAUUCAUCUUUGGUUGGUUUCUUUUUUUAAAUUAAUUGAAUUUUAGCUGCAGCUAUGACUGCUGGGUGGGAGAAGCGUGCUAAGAGGAAGGCAUGCUUGGCAAAUCCACACCAUGAUCAACUCCCGCCCGGAAACCAAUGUCCCCGCUGUGAAAGGACGUGUGGAUCCAGAAUUGGCCUCCACAGUCACUUACGGACUCAUUGUUAAAACUGUGUUUAUGGAAGACAAUCUUACUCAGCUAUGAGUGAUUGCCAAAGAGGAAGAGUUAGUUGUGGCAAACUGUGAUCAGGCUAUUUGUACAGGGCAGCUAUAGAACCAUGGGAAUCCUUUACUUGAGGGUAUAUGAGAACAUUAGAAAUUAUUAUUAAUUUUAUUACCACCACCACUACUACUACUACUUUGUAACUUGUUACUUGAAGGUCUCCAGGCAACUUACAACACAUCUCAAACAGUAAUAUAAAUAUAACAUAAAAUAUAACAGGAAGUUGGAAACAGAACAGCUUGAAUACCCUGAAAAGCCCGGCUGGAUCAGGCCAGUGGCCCAUCUAGUGCAGCAACCUGUUCUCAUAGUUGCCACCAGAUGACUGUGGAAGCCUAAAAGAAGGAGCUGAGUGCAGCAGCAGCAGCAGCAGCAGCAGCAGCAGCUCUCACCACUCGUUCUCCAAGAUAUACUGUCUCUAAUAGUGGAGGUUCUCCAGUGGGGAAAGCAUUUGGGAGCACAAUGAGGUAUUCAUUUUAAAACAAAAAACGCUCAUUGUUUACACACACACACACACACACACACACACACACACACGUAAUAUUGUUGUAACUUGCCCUGGAUCUUAAAAUGAAGGGUGGGUCAGCAAUCCAAAUUAUUAUUAUUAUUGUUGUUGUUGUUGUUGUUGUUACCACUACUGCUACUAUUAAAAAGAUUUCCAAACUCUUGAACUUGAGGCAUCUUUGGCAAAAGUCUAGGCUAAGUUCCAGUGUAAGGCAAAGGUAAAGGGACCCCUGACCAUUAGGUCCAGUCGUGACCUAAUGCAGCGCUCAUCUCGCUUUAUUGGCCGAGGGAGCCGGCGUGCAGCUUCCAGGUCAUGUGGCCAGCAUGACUAAGCCGCUUCUGGCGGACCAGAGCAGUGCACGGAAACGCCGUUUACCUUCCUGCUGGAGUGGUACCUAUUUAUCUACUUGCACUUUGACGUGCUUUCGAACUGCUAGGUUGGCAGGAGCAGGGACCGAGCAAUGGGAGCUCACCCCGUCGUGGGGAUUCGAACCACCGACCUUCUGAUCGGCAAGUCCUAGGCUCUGUGGUUUAACCCACAGCACCACACAGGUAAUUUGGCAGUCCUGAGGCUGGUGUAUACAAGGAAAUGGGGACAAAAAAGCAAUCUCAGUAGAGUUAAGGUGAAUCAGAUGGAAAAACGUCAUAUAUGUUAAUGGUGGAUUAUUUGAGAUGAUGUGUGAACUGUUAUCUCUGCUACUUCACAAACUAACAUCUGUUUGGAAAAAGGCUAGUUGCAGCUCCAGCAUCUCACUCACAACUUUUUCUCAAUUGCAGAUCCAGACCUAGCCAGACCCACCAUCUCCCUGAGUCCUAGAGGGCCACUUCCUCUGGGGGGAAAUGUGACCCUCAAUUGCCAAGGCCAAGGUGUUCGAUUCAAAUUUUAUAGGCGAAGAGAUAAUUUUGUACCACAGCUGUUGAAGAACAAUGUGGAUGGCGCUCACCUUGUCAUCAGCAACCUGAGCAGAGAUGAUGCAGUAGGAUACAGCUGCAAAUACAGCAGUAUAUCAGAAGUCUUUUCAGUUUCUAGCGAAAUAGUGAAACUGCUGAUCUUAGGUAACAUAAAGAGUUUUCUCAUGUUAUGCUAUCUCUGGGGGGAAGUCAACUGUACCUGGGUUUAGUUACCUGUGAUAAACAGUCUACUGGGGGAGAUAACCUGGAGUUCUCUUCGCAUGCUCAUACAUUCUCUCUACAUGGUUUUGGAUGUGUGUGGUUUUCUGUCACGAAUAUUUUCUUCCCUGAGCACAGUCCUUUUAAAGAGCUUUCCUUCCUCUUCCAGGGGCUGCUAUCAGCUGGAAGUGAGGUUAAUGGGAAGUGAGAGAGGAGGCGGGGAAGUUGUGUGGGGGAAAAGGACAGGAGGGAAACUGAGCCUGAGGGAAGCUGGUGUGUGCCAGCAGCAAGAGGCAGGAGGCAAGAAAAUGAGCUGAGAGAAUAGGAAAAAGGAAGGGGGAAGGGAAGUAGAAAGUGAGUUGUUCGUGUUAAGCAGAAGGCAUGGAGAGGGUGAGAAAGGGAUGAAACAGCAGAGAAGUACCAGCAACAACCACCUCAAAGUCUGCCAGUACAAUCCCAUGCACAUUUGUUGAGAAGUAAGUUCUUUUUUGCUGACAGGCAGACUUCAUAGGAAAUAAGGACCAGGUGUGCAGCCGGGAGUCAUUUUGGACUCGCAGCUGUCCAUGGAGGCGCAGGUUAAUUCUGAGUCCAGGGCAGCUGUCUACCAGCUCCAUCUGGUACGCAAGCUAAGACCCUACCUGCCCACGGACUGUCUUGCCAGAGUGGUGCAUGCUCUAGUUGUCUCUCGCUUGGACUACUGCAAUGCACUCUGUGUGGGGCUACCUUUGAAGGUGACUCGGAAACUGCAAUUAAUCCAGAAUGCAGCAGCUAGACUGGUGACUGGGAGUGGCUGCUGGGACCAUAUAACACAGGUCCUGAGAUAUCUGCAUUGGCUCCCAGUACGUUUCCAAGCACAAUUCAAAGUGUUGGUGCUGACCUUUAAAGCCCUGUAUACCUGAAGGAGUGUCUCCACCCCCAGCGCCUACGGCCUUCUGGUGGUUCCCUCGCUGCAAGAAGUGAAGCUACAAGAAACCAGGCAGAAGGCCGCCUCGGUAGUGGCGCCUGCCCUGUGGAGCGCCCUCCCAGCAGAUGUCAAGGCAAUAAGCAACUAUUUUACUUUUAAAAGACACCUGAAGGCGGCCCUGUUUAGCAAAGUUUUUAAUGUUUGAUGCUGUAUUGUUUUUAAUAUUCGGUUGGAAGCCGCCCAGAGUGGCUGGGGAAACCCAGCCAGAUGGGCGGGGUAUAAAUAAAUUAUAUUAUUAUUAUUAUUUAUUUACUAACCUUACACUGAAAAAUAGUUUUGUCUGUUAAACAUACCAUAUUUUCCUGUGUAUAACAUGACCCCAUGUAUAAGACGACCCUUAUUUUUGGGAGGCCUCAACAGUUGUUGAGCUUCUUUUGUAAGUUCGCUGAGCUGUUGAGCAACUUUUCGACAAUCCUCCGCUCUGGUUGACGGAACUGGUGCCAUAAUACACUGCAUACUGGCACUCACCAAAUACUCUUCCAAAGCUGGGAAGAGUGGGUAAGCAGCCUCCUUGCUGACAUAUCCCUGCUACCGCCACAGCACCAGCCCUCAGUUACUUAGCAUAUUAACCUGUGUAUAAUACGACCCUCAAUUUAUCACAAAAGAAUUCAGAAAAAAGGUCGUCUUAUACAUGGAAAAAUACGUUACGUCUUUCCAGUCAUGGUUCCAAAGGACUAGAUUGUGCUGCCACUCAAUGACAACUUAAUCAUAUGAGCACAUGGAGUUGUGGUCCUGUAUUUUAGAUUGGAUUGGAUGCCCAGUUGGCAUUAGUGGAAUCUGUGGUGUCAAACAUAUGGAACAUAUGGAAUUCUCACUUCAGAAUUGCUUGCCUGUGGCCCAUCUUGCUGUAUUUUUAGCACCAAACAAAGACCUCUUUAUUCUCCCUGGCUCUUCACUUAAAUCUAUCCUCUGUGAUGAGAACAUGCUGUUGUUAUAUCUCUAUCUAUCUAUCUAUCUAUCUAUCUAUCUAUCUAUCAUCUAUCUAUCUAUCAUCUAUCUAUCUAUCAUCUAUCUAUCUAUCAUCUAUCUAUCUGUCUUUGUGGAUUUUAAGCCAGCCCCCAAACAUUUAUAUUGAAGCAUACAAACCUAUUAUAUGAAUAAGAAGAGGACAACGUCUUCUGAUGGCUGAGAACUGGUGGUUGACAUCUCACUUCCUGUUUCCUUUUAUGCACAGAUUCCCCAUUGUCCGCACCUGUCAUUUCCAUCCAACAUGAAGGAUGUGUUGCACAUGGAGGGCAGGUCGAGAUCAAGUGUGAAUCUGAUUCUGAAUAUGUGAACUUCUCUCUUCACAAGACAGGAGACACAAAUCCUACGCUCAUGAAUGGUCACUUUUAUGUGGGUGAAUUUACCAUCAGCAAUUUUACACGGGAGCAUGAAGGCAACUAUAGCUGCAUCUAUGAAAGCAUAGAAGAGCCUUUUAUGAUUUCUGCACCCAGUGUUUCCUUGGAGAUCCUGAUAUCAGGUAUCGUAUCAGGCUUUGGUUUAGGAGGUCUUUGA